GUGUGCUCUGAUCUGUUGACUGCAGACGAUCAAUGUCUCAAAGGUUGCUGCGAUGUCUGGCUGCUCUGCAGGACACUGACCUGAGCUCAGCUCACACCGAACAAUCUGCUGUCAGAAGACACCCGACUACCUGCUCAGAAUGAUGGCUCCUGAUUGGCUGUUGGUUCUGGCGUUCCUGCCGCUAGUUUCCGUCGUCCACUCGGACAUCUGCAGCGCCAAACCCAGAGACCUCCCCCUGGAGCCGCGCUGCAUCUACCGCAGCCCCGACCCAGAAGGCCCAGAGGGCCCCACGCCGGAGCCAGAGCCGGUCCCAGAGUCCACCAACCCCCGAGUGUGGGAGCUGUCGAAGGCCAACGGACGCUUUGCUCUGUCGCUGUACAAACAGCUCGCCCUCAGCAAGACCCCCGACUCCAACAUCUUCAUGUCCCCCAUCAGCGUCUCCACCGCCUUCGCUAUGACCAAACUGGGGGCCUGUAACCAGACGCUGGAGCAGAUCAUGCAGGUGUUUGAGUUCGACACCAUCAAAGAGAAGACGUCCGAUCAGGUUCACUUCUUCUUCGCCAAACUCAACUGUCGUCUGUACAGGAAGAAGGACGAGACCACCGCGCUGAUCUCUGCCAACCGCCUGUUCGGAGACAAAUCUCUGGUGUUCAGCGAGACGUACCAGAACAUCAGUGAGAUGGUGUACGGAGCCAAGCUGCUGCCGCUCAACUUCAAGGAGAACCCAGAGAAGGCCCGCGUUACCAUCAACAACUGGAUCUCCAACAAGACAGAGAACCUGAUCCAGGACACGCUGCCAAAGGGGGCUCUGGACUCCAACACCAUCCUCGUCCUCGUCAACACUAUCUACUUCAAGGGUCAGUGGAAGAACAAAUUCGACAAAGAUAGCGUGUACGUGUCGGACUUCUCUGUCAGCGAGAGUCGCACCUGCUCCGUCAACAUGAUGUACCAGGAGACCAAGUUCAGGUACAAACACUUCCCCGACGACAGUGUGCAGCUGCUGGAGAUGCCGUACCGCGGAGACGACAUCACCAUGGUGAUCAUCCUGCCCAGCAGAGACACCCCGCUCAGUAAGGUGGAGGAGAGUCUGGACCUGAAGAAACUGACGGGCUGGUUGGAUGAGAUGAGGGAAACCUCGGUGGCCGUCCACGUCCCUCGGUUCAGGGUGGAGGACAGCUUCAGUCUGAAGGAGAAGCUGCAGGCGAUGGGACUGACCGACCUGUUCAGCUCUGAGAAGGCCAGUUUGCCAGGGAUGUUGGAGGACGGUGGUGACGGUCUUCACAUCUCAGACGCCUUCCACAAAGCCUUCCUGGAGGUGAACGAGGAGGGCAGCGAGGCGGCGGCAGCCACCGCCGUGGUGGCCAUCGGACGCUCCAUCAACUUAAACCGGGAGGUGUUUCAGGCGGACCGACCGUUCCUGCUGCUCAUCAGAGAAUCCACCAUCAACGCCCUGCUGUUCACAGCCCGUGUGGCCGACCCCUGCAGCCAAUAAGAGCCGCCUGCUGCUGUCUGCCUCACACCUGCUCACACCUGCUUCAUCAACACACUCACAAUAAACCCACUGCUCCUCUGUGAUGAGGUGUAUGAGGAUGUAAACGAUGAGUCUGUGUUCAGUCCCUCAGAUUAACAUGUUAGUUCAAAUCCCUCAGACUGAGACUAUGUGACUGAACUCAUGAUGUAGAAUCUGCCAGUGAACAUGCAAACUGCUGCACAGCUAAUUCAUGAAAGUUAUUACAUGUAAGAGGAAAUAAUGACUUCAAAACAAUUAAACUGUCAAUAUUUUG